UCGUGCUGAUAUACUUUUUUCAGUUAUUUCAUUUCAAUUUUGUUUUGCUUCUGUUUUUUUUUCCCCACGACUGACCGGGAGGCUUUCUUACUACCCCCUCCCUUAUAUAAUCUCGAUGCUUUAACUAAGUUGGUGUCUAUAGGAGUGCUUCGUUUCAAGGAACCUUACUUUUGUGAUUAAGGACAAGAACCAUGACUGCAAAAGCCACCAGUGUGCUGUCCAAAAUUCGGAUUUUAAUGAAAAGCAAACAAUUUGUGAAUGAAAUUGUCCAUGCAUAUAUCAUUCCACACCAAGAUGCACAUCAGAGUGAAUAUAUUGCACCGUGUGAUGCCCGGCUUAAAUUUAUAUCUGGAUUUUCAGGAUCUGCAGGAACUGCAAUUGUAACGGACACCAAAGCUGCCCUUUGGACAGAUGGUCGUUAUCAUCUUCAAGCUCAACAAGAAGUGGAUGAAAAUUGGGAGAUUAUGAAGGAUGGUAUUCCUGAUACCCCAAGUAAAUCUGAGUGGCUUGUAAAGGAAAUACCAUCUGGUGGAAAUGUUGGUACUGAUCCUUGCCUUAUAUCAGCUGUUGAAUGGGACCGUUUACAUACUGAACUGCAUGGCUUCAAUUUAAAUUUGUUACCUGUUAACAAGAAUUUGAUUGAUGAAAUAUGGGAGGACCGUCCAGCAAUACCAAACAAUCCCCUUCUUGUACUGCCAGAGGAUUUGACUGGUUGUUCUUGGCCAGAGAAAAUUGAAUAUGUACGUUCUAAAAUGUUAAAGGAAAAAGCUACAAUUUGUAUCUUCACACAAUUAGGAGAAAUUGCUUAUCUGUUCAACAUGAGAGGAAGUGAUAUUAAGUACAAUCCUUUGUUCUUUUCCUAUGCCAUUGUAGAAAUGGAGCAAAUACAUUUGUUCAUAGACGAAAAGAAAGUAACUCAAGGAAUUAGAAACCAUUUAACUUAUAAAGGUGAAAAGCCUGGGUUCACAGUAAAAAUCCAUCCUUAUGAAGAUGUUGUUAAAUAUCUCCCACGUGAUGCUGAUGUAACUGGAAAAGUUUGGAUCAGUUCUUACAGUCCUUAUAACCUUGUGUCUUUAUAUAAAAAAGAAAAUGUGAUAUCUAGCAUAACUCCAAUUUCUUUAAAAAAGGCUAUUAAAAAUUCUGCAGAAAUUGCUGGAAUGCGCAAUGCACAUAUUAAAGAUGGAGUAUGUUUAUCUGAAUUUUAUGCCUGGUUGGAAAAAGAGGUACCAAAGAAGCGUAUAACAGAAAUGGAAGCAGCAAGGAAACUUGAAGAAAUCAAAAGGAAUGUCGAUGACUUCAUUAGCCCCAGUUUUUCUACAAUUUCUGCAGUUGGGUCUAAUGCUGCCAUAAUCCAUUACAGGGCAUCUCCUAAUACUGAUAAAAUUAUCACAGACCAUGAAAUCUUUCUUUGUGAUUCUGGUUCACAAUAUAGAUGUGGCACAACUGAUGUAACCAGAACUACACAUUUUGGCACUCCUACUGUCAGAGAACAGGAAUGCUUUACAAGAGUUUUAAAAGGUCAUAUUAAUCUUGCAACUACUGUAUUUCCAGAGAAACUCAAUGGCAAUCGACUUGACAUAUUGGCACGGACAUCUCUUUGGGAAGUUGGUUUGGACUAUCUUCAUGGAACUGGACAUGGAGUUGGUGCCUUUUUAGAAGUACAUGAAGGGCCCUGCACUAUCAGUAUGAGGCUAUGCAAGACAAAUGGACCAAUAGAAGAGGGAAUGAUUCUUACAGAUGAACCCGGAUAUUACGAAAAGGAGAAAUACGGUUUCAGGAUUGAGAAUGCUUUACUGGUUGUUAAAAAAGAGACAAAGUAUCAAUUCGAAUCAACAAAGUUCCUUACUUUUGAACCUCUAACCUUGGUACCCAUCCAGAAAAAAAUGAUACUGACCGAAAUGCUUACAGUAGAAGAGAAAUGUUGGCUUGAUAAUUAUCACCAAAAGUGUCUUGACAUUAUUGGACCAAUUCUUUUGAAGCAAGGAAAGAAUGAAGCAUACAACUGGCUGAAGAGAGAAACUUCUGUUGACCAGCAAAGCUGAUCUUCAAGUGGAAGAUGAAAUUUUUUUGUCUUACUUUGAUUGCCCAAUAGUUAAUAAUAGACAGGCCACUUCAGAAUUAGUAGUUUAAUACAAGCAAGUGGUGACAGAACUAAUGUUUUGUAUAUAUUUGCAUCAAUUCCAGAAAUAAAAUAGUUUAAUGUUAAUUGUAACGGGGAGGGAGAUUUAAAUGCUACAUGGUUCAGUUUCAAUGAAUAUUUAAGUUUAUUUUUGGCUUGCCUAAUAUUUUGUAUGAGUGUAGUGGAGAUGGCUGAUGUUAGCGAGGCUUUAGAGUAACUAUUUUGGUACCUUACUAAAAGGAAUUCAUUUCUCAUUAGACUUAACUCUUUACCAAUUAGCACCAACUUUAAUAAACUUUAGAAAAAAUUAAUAGUGUGUAACAAACACCCUAGAGCAAGAUCUGAUCUCCUGGGAAAUUAAUUCAUGAGUUGAUUUGGUUUUAUAAUUUCUGUACCACUAAUGCAUUAGAAAAAGGUACAAACCUAAUUCUCUUAUAAAUUUGUCUUGGGCCUGUCAGUAAUUAAAACUAAACUGUAGUGAUUUUUUAAAUUAUAUAUUCUUGUUAUAUUUUCUUAAUUAUGUACAGUUC